AUGACUAAUAUAGAUACAAUGAUACCAUCUCCAUCUUUAGAUGGCGCACAAACCGAAGGUGUAUCUGACUAUGAAAACGACUCGUCCUAUUGUUUUAUCGUUAAUCAAAAAUUACAUUGUAUACCCUUGCACAAGAUAUCUAAUCCAACCAACCUAAACGUUGAGCCACCAGAGGACCAAAAACAAAUUCAGAUCCAACAUGGCACAGCUUCUAUCCAUCAAGUAGACGUGGCCGAUUUCACCCCCAACAAGCUUUAUCUCAAGAACCGUAAUUUGCUUUAUAGUCUCAACAACCCCUCGUCAGUUUCUGAUAUCGAGAAUGAUACCCCAACCAACAAUAACAGCAACAACAACAACAAUAACAAUACUCCUGCAUUAGCGACUCCUGACUUGGUCAUACCGAGCACAGCAUCUUCUACAUAUUCUAGAUCUCCCUCACCUGCAGAAGUAGAAACCGACUCUUCCUCAGCUGCUAUAUACCUCCCUAAGCUUAUCAUAGAUCUCAAGGAUAAUUUAGAAAAUAACUUCACUCAACUCAAGCAUUUGCUAGUUAAAAUAUUCCCAUCAUGGUCUGACAUCAAUCAAAUCACCGUGAAACAACUCACUGGAGGUAUAACCAACAUGCUUUUGAGUUGUGAAUACAAAAAGAGCCAACCAGUGUUGGUGCGUGUAUAUGGCCAGGGAACCAAUUUAAUUAUUGACAGACAUCGAGAAUUUGUGUCUCAUUUAAUGCUCAACUCGAUAGGAUUGGCACCACCAGUAUAUGCAAGAUUCAAAAAUGGGCUAGUGUACGGGUAUUUGGAGGGCCGUUCUUUGGAACCAGCGGAAUUGGCCAAGGAUUGGGUGUAUCCCUUGAUUGGACAGCAAUUGGGGAAUCUCCAUCGUACAUUGGACUAUAGGUUGAUUGACGAAGGUGUACAAAAGAUUAGAACUUUGAGAAAGAGGAGAAAGUCAAGUGCUGCCAAUGAUAAAAAGCGCUACAUCAGUAAUAUCUGGGAAUUGCUUGAGGAGUGGAUUGAUAUUAUUCCAAUAAACCCACUUCUCAUUGAAUCAUUCAAUACUCAUUUAGACGUAGAGGUUACCCCAGAAAACUUGAAAGAUGUCAUUCAUCAGGAAUUGUCCUGGAUGAGACGCCAUUUAGAGAACUGUGGUUCACCUAAUGUUGCAUCACAUUGUGAUUUACUUUCAGGUAAUGUCAUCAUCCCUGAAAACCAUAGUCACGAACCGUGCAUAACGAUCCCACCGAUUAAUGAAAAUCCCAUCAAGUUUAUCGAUUAUGAGUAUAUGCUUCCUGCGCCUCGAGGAUUCGAUAUUGCCAACCAUUUUGCUGAAUGGCAAGGGUUCAAUUGUGAUCGAAGUGCUAUUCCUAAUCCAAGUAUUGAUAAUCCAGUAAUGACACAUUGGGUGCGAGCUUAUCUCGAUGACAUGCAAGCUAGCAAUGAACAAGUUGGUGCUGUAAUUGAUGAAAUCAAGUUGUUUUACGGAAUGCCCGGGUUUUACUGGGGUAUAUGGGGCAUGAUCCAAAGUGAGCUUUCUUUGAUUGAAUUUGAUUAUGCUGAAUAUGCUAGUUUGAGAUUGGGUGAGUACUGGGAUUGGAAGAAAGAGUUUGUAAGUUAG